AUGGUCAAGUCUUACUUAAAAUACGAGCAUUCGAAAUCAUUCGGUCUUGUCAAUUCAAGUACUUCAAAUGUUGUUUGGUCAACUGAUGGAGCGGGCGUCUCGAGUCGAAAUACAGGUUCGGGAAGAGCUAUAGUGGCCGCUAAUGAGGAGGUAUUAUGUUGGGAAAUUAAGACAGGAGAACUUUUGAGUCGAUGGAGGGACAAUGAUUGCAAAUCUCAAGUCUCAGCCAUUGCGCAGAGUAAAAUGGACAUAGACAUUUUCGCCGUCGGAUACGAGGACGGUAGCAUUCGACUAUGGGACUCGAAGAUUGCAACUGUUAUAGUCAGCUUCAAUGGUCACAAAUCGGCUAUUACUACACUGGCAUUUGACAAAUCAGGGGUGCGGUUGGCUAGUGGUUCGAGAGAUACCGAUGUUAUUGUGUGGGAUCUGGUCGCCGAGGUUGGCUUGUUCAAAUUAAGAGGACACAAAGAUCAGAUCACUGGACUCCAAUUCAUUCAACCAGAGAUGCCACAAGAAUCUGGCGAAGAUGAAGAAGUAGCCGAAGCGGAGGACGGCGGUUCAUUUGAAGGUUUUCUUCUCACCACUGGCAAGGACGCUCUCAUCAAACUCUGGGAUAUGACAUCUCAGCACUGUAUUGAAACUCAUGUCGCUCAAACAAAUGGAGAAUGCUGGGCUCUAGGUACUUCACCGGAUGGUAGCGGAUGUAUCACGGCAGGGAAUGAUGGUGAACUGAACGUGUGGUCUAUUGAUACAGCUGGUCUAUAUAAAUUGUCGAAACAAGUGAAUGGUGUAGUUGAAGCUAGAUAUUUACAGGGCAGAGGAAUAUUACACCGUCAGGGAAAAGACAGAGCCCUGGAAAUUAGUUUCCACCCACGCUUAGACUACUUUUCGGUUCAUGGUUCGGAAAAGUCGGUUGAAAUAUGGAGGAUACGAUCAGAGGAGGAAGUAAAGAAGAGCUUGGCAAGAAAGCGAAGGAGAAGGAGAGAAAAGAUGGCCGCCACUGAUAAGUCAGCUAUGGAAGUGGACGAAGCGGACGAAAAGACGGAAGAUAUUUCAACUGCUGAUAUUACAGAUUUCUUUGUCCCAUACGUUAUCGUUAGAACGGGUGGGAGAGUUCGAUCGACAGAUUGGAUACGCAUCAAAGGCACCAAAUCCAUACAAUUGCUUAUAGCGACUACGAACAAUCAGCUAGAAGUAUACUCAGUAGUCACAAAGGAAAAGAGCAAAAAGUCUAAGAGCGAAGAAAUGCCAGAUUAUUCAAGAACACUAUCGGUGGAAAUGCCAGGUCACAGAGCAGAUAUUCGAGCGUUAGCUUUAAGUUCGGACGACAGGAUGUUGGCAUCAGCAUCUAAUGGCGGUUUAAAAAUCUGGAAUGUUCGCACGAGAACUUGCAUACGAAGUUUCGAGUGUGGUUAUGCUCUAUGUUGUGCAUUUUUACCAGGAGACAAAAUUGUAGUGGUUGGAACAAAAUCAGGUGAAUUGGAAUUAUUUGAUGUAGCUUCAGCUGCUAUGCUCGAGACUAUCAAAGCGCAUGAGGGCGCCAUCUGGAGUUUACAUGUCCAUCCAGACGGCCGUUCUGUGGUAUCCGGAAGCGCAGAUAAGUCGGCCAAAUUCUGGAACUUCGAGGUAUUCCAGGAAGAAAUUCCAGGAACCAGACGGACGACUCCAAAAUUACGACUUGUUCAUACUAGGACCUUAAAAGUAUCGGAUGAUAUUUUGAGCUUGAGGUUUUCACCAGACGCACGUCUAUUAGCUGUGGCCCUUUUGGACAAUACUGUCAAAGUGUUCUUCGUCGAUUCUCUAAAGCUCUUCCUCAAUCUUUAUGGUCAUAAAUUACCUGUGCUUAGCAUGGAUAUUUCCUUUGAUAGCAAGCUCAUCGUCACUUGCUCCGCCGACAAAAAUAUACGUCUCUGGGGUCUUGACUUCGGAGAUUGUCACAAAGCAUUCUUCGGGCAUCAGGACAGUAUUUUACAAGUCGCGUUUAUUCCUCAUAGCCAAGACGGCAAUGGACACCAUUUCUUCAGUAGCAGUAAGGACAAAAUGAUCAAAUACUGGGAUGGCGACAAAUUCGAGCAGAUCCAAAGAUUAGAUGGCCAUCACGGUGAAAUCUGGGCUUUGGCAGUCAGUCGAACAGGUGAAUUCUUUGUUAGCGCAAGUCACGAUAAGAGCAUCCGAGUGUGGGAACAAACGGACGAGCAGAUAUUUCUUGAGGAGGAGAAGGAGAAGGAACUGGAGGAGUUAUAUGAGUCGACUCUAACAACGUCCCUGAACCCUGAUAAGAACGAGGAGGGCGAUGAUAAUGAAGUUGGUGCCGCCGGAAAACAAACAGUCGAAACUCUCAUGGCCGGAGAAAAGAUUGUUGAAGCCCUCGAAAUUGGUACCGUCGAUCUGGAACUCAUGGCCGAAUAUGAGAUCGCCAAAGCCAGUAAUCCCAACACCGCUCCUCCAGCCCGCAAUCUGCUCUUCAUGGCUCUCGGUAAUAUCAGCGCCGAAAGACAUGUUCUUAAUACUCUCCAGAAAAUCAAAGCCGCAGCUCUCCACGAUGCGCUACUUGUCCUUCCUUUCUCUACUCUCCCCAUGCUCUUCACUUUCUUAAAUAUAUUCGCCACAAAAGAAAUGAACAUACCUCUUACAUGUCGAAUAUUAUUUUUCAUGUUAAAAACACACCAUAAACAAAUUGUGGCAAGCAAGACUAUGAGAACUAUGUUAGAUGGUAUUAGAGAAAAUCUAAGGAAGAGCUUAAGAAGACAAAAGAAUGAGAUGGGAUUUAAUUUGGCGGCUUUGAAGAUUGUGGGAGAGAAAGUCAAGGAUAUGAAAAGUAAGGAUUAUGUCGAUGAGGAAACUUGGGAGGAGGACGAUGGGUCGAGUAAGAAGAAGAGAGGAUUCGUACAAGUUUCGUAG